AAGUUGCCCUUUCCAUGGUCCCCAUGGUCUUCCUUCCUAGCAUUAAUUUAUAGAAGGAAACUCCUUUUUCAUUUAUUUGCACGUUGGAACUUUUACAUAAAGGGAUACGGCAAUUGGUCGAACACCUACAAAAUUCGGCGAAAACAGCCAAAACCAACCGCAAAAUUAAUAGUCAGAACAGUCCCAUAAAAUCAACUCAAUCAGAUAGCCAGCAGCCAAGAGGCCCAGGACUUCGCUUAGGGUUUAUGGUUGACAGAAAAGCAAUUGGCAUAUGUCCACCAUAGACAGAAGGAAAAAAAGAAUUAGAUAUACUCAACUAGAUUGUAGAAUCUCUAUAAAAAGAAGCAAGAGUUGGAUUUUACAAGGUAUAGACAAAAGAGAGAAAAAGAAAGGAAAAAAAAUGGGGAAUCCUCAUAUUUUGGUUAUACCUUAUCCAGCACAAGGCCAUAUCAUUCCUCUUAUGGAACUAUCACAAAAUUUGGCUAAACAUGGCUUCAAAGUCAGUUUUGUAAACACAGAGUUUAAUCACAAGAGAGUCAUGGAUGCAUUUGCCAAGAAAGUUGAUGCAGAUGAGGUAGUUCAAUUGGUUUCAAUCCCAGAUGGGAUGGAAGAUGGGGAGAGCAGGAAUCAACUAGGGAAGUUAACUGAAUCAAUUUGCCAAGUUAUGCCUAAAGAGCUGAAGAAGCUUAUAGAGAAGAUUAAUAGAUUAGAAGAUGGUGGGAUUACUUGUAUAUUAGCUGAUGUGAAUAUGGGAUGGGCAUUGGAAGUUGCAGCAGAGUUGGGAAUCCAUGGAGCUGCCUUCUGGCCUGCAUCAGCCCUUUUGUUGGCCUUGACUUUUAGUCUUCAAAAGCUAAUGGAUGACGGCCUUAUUGAUGUAAAUGGUACUCCAAUUGAUAAAGAUAAGCUGAUUCAAUUGUCACCAACCACACCUAGCAUGCACCCUAAAAAUUUCGUUUGGGCUUGCCUUGGUGACCUUUCCACACAGCAAGUAAUUUUUGACUAUAUGAGGAGAAACAACAAAGCUGCUAAAGAAGCAGAUUGGCUAAUUUGCAACUCCACUCGUGACCUGGAGCCUGGAACAUUUUCCAUGGCUCCAGAGAUCCUUCCCAUUGGCCCAGUUUCAGCUAGCAGUCAGCUUGGUGACAUAUCAGGAAGUUUAUGGCCAGAGGAUGCGACUUGUUUGCAAUGGCUUGAUCAACGACCACCAGGUUCAGUCAUAUAUGUUGCAUUUGGCAGCCUAACUAUUUUUGAUCAAAUCCAAUUCCAGGAGUUGGCUCUGGGGCUGGAACUCUCCAACAGACCAUUCCUUUGGGUCGUGAGACCAGAUACAAAUGAGGGAAAAGAUGAUUUUUACCCGCAAGGAUUUUGGAACAGAGUAGGCACCCGAGGACGGAUGGUUGGUUGGGCACCACAACGUGUGGUUCUGUCUCACCCUUCUGUUGCUUGUUUCUUAAGCCAUUGCGGAUGGAAUUCUACUAUUGAAGGUGCAAGCAAUGGGGUCCCUUUCUUGUGCUGGCCUUACUUUGCUGACCAGUUCCAUAAUGAGAGCUACAUUUGUGAUUUUUGGAAGGUUGGAUUGAAAUUUGAAAGAGAUGAAAGAGGGAUCAUCACACGAGAAGAGAUUAAGACCAAGGUUGAACAAUUACUUGGUGAUAACAAUUUCAAAGGAAGGGCUCUUGAACUAAAGGAAAUGGCUAUGAUAAGUGUCAAUGAAGGAGGUAGCUCUAACCAGACAUUCAAGAAUUUCACUGAAUGGAUGAAAUCAUAGAUAGGUUCUUUUCUUUUAUGUUGGACUCAGUUUGAGGUUUAUUUUUUCUUUUGCCAAAAGAUUUAUGAAAAUUUGGAAAUAAACCAAGACAGGAUUUCCUAUGCAAACAAAAAUGGUUAAUCAUGGGUGACGGAUUUAGAAUUUUUGGUCAGGAUUCCUGCUUAGAAUACCUAUAAAAAAAUUGUAAACAAAAAUUUUAAAAAAUAUAUUAUUAUAUUAUUAU